AUGGGAAAUGCUAUUGGUUUCGUUCGUUCAAUGUCAUCUGGAGCUGCGGCUGUGGCGAGUCAAAUGAAAGCCUACGACACUAUCGAAAACGAAAUCGAGAUUACGGAAGAUGAAGGUAAACUUGUAGUAGCUGCUGUAUUUGAUAAACGAGAAACACCUUUGCGAGCGCUAAAAGAACUUCUGACUGAUUUACGCAAUCAAGCCAAUAAGAAUCGUGAUUUCACCAAGAUGUUGGUUGAAGUGUUCCGGCGUGCCUUCCUGGAUGACUCGAAAUAUGCUCAUCUACUUAACUUCUAUGUAGCUGUGCCUGCGCUUACUGUAAAUUACGUUGAGCACAUGCUUGUAUGUAGAGACCGUCUCAAGAAGCGCGCACAGCAGAACAAGGAGACCACAUUUACGGACGACGGUUUCAUAAUGGGUCUUGCUUACAUUCUCACUGUGCUGAAUCUUUGGCCUCAGUUUUCAUCAUUGAAUUGGUUCCGUUCAAUUUCCAAAAAAUGUACUGCUGACUACGAAGCUCUAACCGAGGAGAUGAAGACGAGUAAAGAUCCCCGUAAUGUGCACCUCAAAACGGCUCGUCUACAAGCGUUUGAGAGGGAGUUCAAGCUGUUAUCAUACACAUUCCAGUCCGCUCGGGUAUUUCUUUCUAUCGAUGAAGAUGUUGAAUAA